AUUGACAAAGAAGUACAACCUGUAGCACAACGUUUCAGAAGAGUUCCCUUCCGUGUACGUAAGAACAUUGAGGAACAGCUAAAGAAAGAUGAAGAACUAGGGGUAAUUGAGAAGGCUACAGGAGCAACACUGUGGGUAUCGCCGUUGGUUGUCGUUCCUAAACCAGGUCAAGUGAGAGUGUGUAUUGACAUGAGCUGCCAAUCAAGCAAUCGAUUGUAUAAAUAG